UACCUUUUUUUAAUCUAUCUUCUCCUUUAAAAUCGGAGAAUACAAUUUAUGACAAUAAAAUGUAAAAUUUCGUCUAUGUGAUUUUAUUACAUUUCAUUUAUUAAUAUGAUUCCUUCUUUCUUUGUAACAAAAUUAUUUUUUGUUGUACGACAAUCGGCAAAGUAGUAAAGGCGAGGAAGUAGUCUAACAUCUUCCAUUCUUUGGCCGCAAAUAAUCGAACCAUCAAAUUCACGUUGGCAACGUGCCUCCAAGACAACGGGCGACUGAUUUAUUCGUGCCUUAAUAAGGAUUCUUGUCUUACGUAGUACAAUAGCAAUAAUUUUAUGCAGGAUUAUGUCAGGAAUCGCAAGUGCAACUGGCCUCUUAGAAGCACGCAUUCGACCAACCUAUCGGCCUAAACCAAAGGUAUUUAUCGAAGAAAAUCGGCAAUAAAAGAACGAAUUACGCGACGAUACAGUCGGAAAGAAGAGUAUCCAUUUGUUAUUUUACUUUGAUUUCAUUAAAUAUUUUAUCUCUCAAUAACAUAAACUUAUAUUUUAUAUAACUAUAAUUAUUAUUAUAAUCGAAUAUAUUUAGUAUUUAAUAAUUAUUUUAUUUUUAAUUCCAAAAAGAUGUUAUAGUUAUACUUUCAUACAUCAAAAUAAACUUCUAGAGAAAAUAUAAAAUUAUAGUUGGAUUUAUAUUGAUGACAAGAAAUAUCAGUGCGAUUAUCUGAUGAUAAGAUUAAGAUACUACAGUAGUAUUUCAAGCGUGCGCCUAAACUAAUAGUAAAUCACGAUUAUGUUGGGUUACCGUGAAUGGAUCGUAACUGUCUCAAGACCAUAAUAUCACUUUGUUAUGAUUGCACUAUAAUUAGAUAAAUCUGUGAUAAUUAGAUUGUGAUCGUAUCUGAAUGAAAAGUUGCAACGCUGAUUAUACCACGUAGAAUUGACAGGCUUCACCAAACCAGCGCCUUUUAUUCUUAGACCUUUCUCUGGUCUUUUUAAUCCUUAUCCUUAUGGAUGUUCUAUAUUGUGUAAUCACCCAGCAGAUUGUGAAGCAAAAGAAGUUCUCAGACGUGCCAAAGAUACAUGGGCAACGGAAGGGAAGGCUUUAUUAUUACCAGAAGAAAUGGAUAUGAUUAGAGCCAGUUUGGUAGCUACACGCAGUGCUACCGAUGUAGGUGAGAAUACUGGAAAUGAAGUGACUAACGAUGCUCCUACUGUCCCUGAGGAAUUGUUUCGAAAAUAUACCGAGACUGACUCAAGACCUUUGACCCCCGCACCCACGCUCGCUAGCGGCCCUGCUUUGACAAAUCGACCGAUUCAGGAAGAACAUCCGGUGACCUGCGAUCUACGUGAACGUAUUACGUUAAUUUUAGAUCUUAGAACCAACUCACGAAAGCAAAUGGAAAAUGAAACACUCUCUUGGCACGCGUUGACUUUAGAACCACCGCCCACUUACCGAAAAAGUGAAAUUUUUGUAUCUAAACCCAGUUCAAGACGUACGAUGCGUACACCGAAUCCAGGGGAUAUUCCAGAUACAUUUACAAAUAUAGAUGAUGAAUUGAAUUCCAGUGGACACAUGGAAGAAGAAAAAGUUGAAAAGCCAACUAAAGAAGUUAUAAUAACUCGCAGAAGAGGAAGACGAUUACGUAAAGGGAAAUGCAGAAGAGGAUCAGGCUAUGGACAACAAACAGAAGUUCGUGAUUUAUUUGAACCAACUGAUACUCAAAUCUCGCAUAUAGGCGAUGGAUCUAGAAGAACGUCGAUUCAUACAAACAACGGGGAUGUAGAGAAUUUGGCAACCACCCCUAAGAAGACCUCUGCAACGAAUAAUAUGCCUUCUAUGAUAUUUCCUAGUUUUAUUGAUCCAAAUAUAUUAAGGCAUUUGUGCAGAGAAUUAGACAGUGACAAAGUGGAAGCAGAGUUUUCAGUUAGGAGAAAAAUCGCAUUCGAAGAAGCUCUGCGGGUAAGAGGUGAACAUUAUUCGCACUCUAGACGAUCUCAAAUAUUUUCAAACCCUGCACUAGUUGAUACACCGCGCGUAUUUUCCCGCCAAGCAGCUCGUUUUGAAAUUCUCGGCAGUGAAAGUUUACACGGGUUAACAAUAUUGGGAUAUCUAAAUAAACACGUCUUUGUCACUUCGGGGAGAAAGUUGAUUUUCAGAAGAGUUUUUAACAAAUUCCAAGAAGAUACGAUGGGAAAUACUAAAUGCAUUUCACCGAGCAUUAUUCUUGAAGCUCUUCAGGAUAUGAUGGGAAAACCUAUAACUCAAGAGCAAGAGGCAUAUUUCAAUCUUACGAUUGGCGAAAUUAAGGAACCGUUAAAUUUUAGAACUUGGUGCGGUUUGUGUGCUGCAGUCGAACGUUUACUAUGCCCAUUUCCUUCAAAAGAAAUUGAUCCACCUACGUGGCUCGAAAGGGUGGAUUUUGAAAGCUUAGAACGAAGACUUAAAUCCGCUAACGUGGAUCACAGGCUGGCUCAGUUUUUAAGAGAGAUUUGUAAACGAUAAUUCGUGGAAUUAUUAUAGAACAUUUGUGAACAAUUAAUUUUUUUAAAUGAAAAAAUGUAUAAAUGUAAAAAUAUUAAAUAGUAAAUUUAUAACAAAA